AUGUUCGGUGGUUUUCCAUUUGGUGAUGAUUUUUUUGGGGGAGUACAUCAGCAAAUGAGACGUCAAAUGCGAGAUAUGGACAGAAUGAUGAACCAAAUGAUGGAUCCGUUUGGAGUUUUUGACCAUCGCAUGGGAAGAGCAAUCGAAAAUGUUGGUCGCCGUGGUAACGAUGAUUUGGCUUUAAUGAGUCCGUUCGGAGGUUUUGGUGGACUUUUUGGUGGGAUGUUCGACCACAUGCAAAAUCUGGAAACAGCGGCGAUGAAUGAUCCAAAUUCGCAUAUAUUUUCGCAUUCAACGAUGAUAACUUUUGAUGGAACGAAUGGCAAUCAGCCUCGAGUCGUAGAAAAAUCAGUGCGAAAAACGGGUGACAUCAAGGAAACUCGUCAUUCUGUUCGAACUGGCGAACAAGGCGUUGGGGAUCGAAUGUCCAUUGAGCAUACGAUCGGUGAUCGCACUCAUAUUAUAGAAAAACAACGCGAUCGAAGUGGUCGCAUUCGUGAAAAACAACGUUUUAUUAACCUGGAUGAGGAAGAAGCGAAAGAUUUUGAUAGAGAAUUUACCAACCGAGCUCGAUAUAAUUUGGGAACAAGACGAUCACAUACAGUUGCAGCGAUAGAAGGGAGAGAACGCGAGGUUAAUGGUCGUUUAAUGGAAAUUUUUUAA